AUGGCCUUGCCUCGCUUGGGCACCGUGCGUUCUUACCUCGCCCUCGCAGUGCCUCUCCUUGGCGCUGCCUCCCCCGCGCUUGCAUCCGUUUCUAACUGUUUUGUGCCAUCUUCGGUGCUGACACCUGGUGUGCGCCGGGCCAUCAUCAUGCCAAACCUUGUCCCUCCCGUGGUCAACACGGAACAGGCGCUUGCAUAUCGCGAGCGUGUCCUAGCGGCGGCUCACGCCGGUGGCCGUCCUGACUUUGUCCCACUCAUGACCCUCUACCUGACUGACAAUACCACUGCUGAUGAGAUCCACAAAGCCAAGGCUUCAGGUCAUAUCUACGCAGUCAAGCUGUACCCGGCUGGUGCCACCACCAACAGCGACUCGGGCGUCACCGAUAUUGCCAAGUGCAGUCCUGCUCUUGCUGCCAUGGCUGAGGUUGGCCUCCCCCUUUUGGUCCACUCGGAAGUGACGACACCAGACAUCGACCUCUUUGAUCGCGAAGCCGUCUUCAUUGACCGCCAUCUACGACCUCUGGUGGCUGCUCAUCCCUCCCUCAAGGUGGUGAUGGAGCACGUGACCACGCGCAAGGCGGUCGAGUUUGUCACGAGUCAAGGCCCCAACGUGGCAGCCACCAUCACCUGCCAACACCUCUUGUAUAAUCGCAACGCCCUCUUUGACAAGGGUUUGCGCCCACACAAG